UUCUUGCUCUUGUUUUUCUCUGCUCUUUCUCUCUUGCAGUCAACGAAAAUGGCGGAUCGUGUCGCUCCGGCUAAUUGUUGUUUUUCAGUUGAUUAAUUUGUGUCUGAAUUCUUCAAGUUUUCUGAUACGUUCUAGAUCUUUUUGGACUUGUCGUAUUCCUUCAAUACUUCGACUAGAGAUACUAGAAGGAGUUAUGGGUCACUUCAUGUGAGGGGGGAGGGAGACAUUUCACACUUUUCCAAGUUGUGACAUGGCAAACUAUUUUUUCAAAUAGUUUAGAGAACUUUGAAUAGAAAGGAAAAAAUCAACUUAACUGCUGGUGACACAGCUUUGAAAUCUUGGACAGUGUCCAAUCGUGGGUUGUUGAAUAGGGUGGACGUUUUUGAGGUUAGGUUGUAGGAAAGUGAAUCCAAAAUGGGGGUUCAGGACUUGCAAGCGUACCUGGAGGGGGGUACCGUACAAGGGUCUUGCUCCAACGUGGAUCUGGUUCGAAUUGCCAAAACGAUGUCAGCGCGUUUCGUGAAGCAAGCACAGAAGAAGGGAGCAAAUCAUCAGCCCAACCAAUUUAGUCUGGUAGUCGACGGAGAAUGUUGUCUGGAUCGCUUGUAUGGUGGAUAUUUUUCUGAUUGGGCAUGCGGUGGUCAGUGGAAUCGUAUGGUUAUGUUUUUGUCUCAGUUUGUGAACAGCCUCAAGAAGGCAAACAUCGAUUUGGUUGUUUUCUUCAACGGAUGCAUCGAGUCACAGCGCAUGAAGGAGUGGGUGCAAAACCAGCAGCAGACCCGUGUCAAAGUUAACCAGGUACUACGGCACAUCACGACGAAAGGCACACCACCGCCGAAGGUGUGGUGGACACCACCUGUGUGCCUGCGCACCGCAGUGCGAAUGGUGCUGCGUCACCUAGAGGUGACCGUCAUGUGCACCAUGGAUGACCACCACCAGGAGGUGAUCGCCUACUGCCGCGAGAACGCCCUGCAUGGUCUGCUGGCUGACGACGCCGAGUAUGCCGCCUUCGAUCCGCCCCGAUACUUCUCCGCCAGGCAGCUCAAACUCACUUACAAGGGCUCUUUGGAAACAAAGGAAUACAACCUGAGCGAACUGAACAAAGAAAUGGGUCUGAGCACUGAGAAGCUGUGCAUCCUGGUGGCGCUUCUCGGCAACUACAUUUUGACCGAAAACGAUCUCGUCGAUAUCUACAAGAAGCAAGGCAUCAACCAGCCGGUGGGCAAGAUCCCCGCUGAAGUGCUGGUUGAAAAGAUGGCCGCUCUCGUCAAGUCGCUGCCUGCCGGUGAGAAGCUGGCCGAUACUUGUGCCGCCAUCUUGGGCUCGGACAAGGAUCCCCGACUGGCCAAACUGAAGCAGAGUAUUCAGUACUACCUGGAUGGUACCAAGGACGGAUUUCUCGAUUACCGCGCGGCUAAUACUGGUAAGAAGCACCGUGGCAACAAAAACAAACAGGACCACAGUGCGGCCGACAAACAAAACGCAGCAACAGCAGCAGCAGCAUCAACAACAACAGCAACAACAGACACAAUCCAGGAGCCCGACCUGGACACAACACGGCUGGCCUCCGAGACAGCCGAGUCGGAAAUGACCAGUCUGCAGCAAUACAAGGAGGCCACAGCCGCUAUGCCGCAAGCCAAACCGGAAAUAAUCAUCGACGACACCGGAAAGGAAGCGCCGGAACCGGAAGUGGCCGCCGCUACCACCGGAAGUGAGCCGGAACCGCCGCUGGUUAACGGAAGUGGGUCGCCGGUGCAAAAUGGCGGCACUCCCAAUCAGCUGGCCAUUGACUCUAGUAGUUCGAACAGUUCUUCGCCAGGUGCGACAUCACCUGCGCGCGGCGAAAGUGCGGGGGAGAAAAAUUCGAAAAAAGGUGGCAAGAAAGACAAAGAUGGCGGUGGCAAAGGUGGUGGUAAGGGAGGGCAACCGAUUCAGUUGCCGCCCGUGGCGUCCGAAGUGAUGCGAACUGUGUCCGAGCGCCACAACAAGGGACUCAUGUCGCCCUUCAUGUACCAGAUAUUGGCACAGGGAGAAAUAAAACUGCCAGUGAUAAUGGAAGACGAACAGCAUAAGGAGAUUCCCAGCAUACACCUGUUCUACAAACCAAUCCGGCAAAUGGUCUAUGCCAUUCUAUUCAACAUGCACCAUCACACUUUCAUGGCCAACAAAAACAAGGAAAAAACUGGCCAGGAAGGAAAAUUGCCGGAUAUCAGAAUCAAAGAAUGGGUGUGCACCAAAAAUAAUCCAUACAAUAAGCCAGAGAUCGUGAAGGCGGAAAGUCUGGGCUGGGGAGUACCAACAGUACAGAGGCUAUGGUUUGGAACCACAAUGGAUGAUAUGAGACGGAGAAGGAGAGCCUACCUCACAUGUAUGCGAUCAGACACACCUCUCAUUGUCAACUAUGACUAUGUUCCACAGCAUAUUCUCAUCAUGGCUACAGUUCUCAGGUACAUGAUGUCGUUCCCUGAAAAGAAAGUUCUGAGGAGGUCAGAAUUGGAUGCUUUCAUUGUUACCACUUUGGCACCUGAACUCAUGAAUGCCGAAUACAACCAGGAACUGCAGUUGCCAGUAGUGUCAAGUCGCGGCGUGCAGUUGGCAACAAUGUUCAUGCAGGGCGUGGAGACAGCGCUUCUUGUGAACGACGCAUGUGGGGCGCCCAUUCCCUGGCUCAUGUGCUGUCCUUGGCUCUUCUUCGACGGCAAACUGUUCCACCAUCAUCUGGCCAGAGCAUCGCAAGCCAAGAACCUGUCUGAGCUUUGCGAGCACCGUCUGCGAGUCAUCAUGAAAGUGGAACGCGUUCGGCAAGCGAUCCUUGAAGGACUGAACGUGCAGUUCGCGCGACCGCCAUUGCCGCUGGUGAUUCAAAACUCGCGCGCUUCCCCUCUCUACUCAACGCCCGGUGCACCACCUGGUGCGCAUGCGCACAUGGUGGCGGCCGGAAUGAUCCAAUCACAGCGCAACGCCAACCAGGCCCCGCCCAAUUCGCACCUCUCCUCGGCACUAGCCUCGCACGCUCACGCCAGUAUGCUGUCUGCUCGCGGCGGAAUAGGAGGUGCUCUGUCCCGGCGUGCGGCUGGCAUUCCCUCCAACUCGGGCGGUCGUCUGGAGAUUGCCGGCGUUGUGGUGGGCAGCUGGGGACCCAACUAUGGAUUGUCGACGCUCGGUGUCAACCGGUCCAUGAUGUUGCAGCCUCAGGUGACGUCAGUGAAUGCCGUAUCGAACUAUACGGGAGUGUCAUUCAGAGGAGGACGUCCUUCAUUCAACACGAACCGCGGAGGCGGAGUCAACAAGGGAGGAAAGGGUCGCGGCGGAUUCAAGGCACAGCAAACUAACAAGAAGCGAUCAACAUCAGUUGGCAGCUCUCAGAAGAAAGAGAACAAGAAGACAGGAAAAGGACGAGGAAUGACCGUUGUUCUCCCUGAUACCGGAGAAACAGUUUUGGCGACCGAAAUGGUGGAUGAUGUGAGUGACAAGAAGAUUCUGAUGAACAGGACCAACAACGCCAACAACACCGAGAUGGUGAAUGGAAAGACGGGUGGCGGUGGUGGGGGUGGCGACGAUCUGAUUGGUCAGUUCGAGGACGCCUGCACCAUUGAGAACGGAGCCAUGAAUGGAGAGGGUGAUGCCAAGAUCAACUCUAUUCUAGCUACCGCUACCGAAGGCAACUAGAUCCCGUAUGAAACUGGAUUCACCAGAAUGUAGGUGAGACACCGCGGACCAGUUGUCUCAUUUAUGGUGAAAAAAGACCUACCGUUAUACACGGUGAGUGUUGAGUGUUUUAUCGGACCCGAUGACGUAUAAAUAUGUAAGAUAGUCGCGAAAUUAUUUGUAAUUUUUUUAUGAAUCGAACUAUAGACUAGUGCAAGGUGCAAUUAGGGGACGUUUUGAAAAAGUGAUGAAGUGAAAAGUGAUGAACUGUUUUCUCUCUCACUCCGACGCCGCUAGUUGUAGUUUGAAAAAGACUGAUUAUUUAUUUAUUAUAUCAAUGUAUAUAAUAAGGAUUGACCAUUGUGACUGAGCCAACGAGUGAUAUUACAAUUUUUUAUUGUUUUAUAUCUUCGAUAGAACGAAAAACUCGAUUUGCACAUAGAGGUUUAGAGCGCUAAGAAGAUGUGUAAUGAAGAAGAAGGAGAAGAGAGAAGAAGAAACUGAAUGUUUUAUUCUUGUUUCUUCUUACCUCUACUGCUACUAUUUCAUUUUGUAUUUAUCUUGAGAGAGGCUGUUUCUCUGUUAUUGUUGAAAACUGAAAAGAAUCUUGUUAUUUAUUUAUUCUUAAUGUCGAAAGGAAGUUAUUGUUUUUAAAGAAAGUGAAAUGGAUAAGUUUAUCGAGGAGGAAUGUUGGGAUUUGAACUGUGUGACCGGUUAUUGGUUGUCAUUGAAAAUCAUAAAAAGUGAACUUUUUGUCAGUGAGUGAAGAUGUUAAAUACUUCUGUACAGCUGGUAAUAAGUAUAUGCUAGCAACAAAUAAGUAUUGAACCAUGAAAUGUACUGAAGUGUGAAUUCUGUUGGAUUGUAUUCGUUUAUAUUUUCCAAAAAUAACUAGAGUCAAGUAAUUCCCGAGUUGAAAUUUAAUAUUUUAUCACUCAUAUUUAAUCCUGUAAUGUUUUGCAAGGCUGUACUUGAAUAUAUAACUUAGAUAUUAAUCAAUAUAUCUUUUCUGUUUAGGGCUACUUGUAAUAUAAAUAGAAAUACAAAUCUCAGUACCCUUUUUGAAUUAUUUUAUUUUAUCACUAAAAUAAAAUAAUUCAAAAAUAUUUGUAUUUAUAUUAUUCAAUGUUUUUAAAUACUAUGUUUUCCAAGAUUUCAAUUUGAUUUGAGCGACGAGAAAAUGACAACCAAUAACUGGAACUCAGUUGCAUUUCUCGGGGUGCGUUGUAAUGUAUAGAUAUAUUUUUCUAAGAAAAGUAUUGAUAUGAUGACAGUGUGGUCAUAAGAUGACCGACACCUUGUCCAUGGGCCAGUCGACUGAGGUCAGUGAUUAGGUCGAAGAUGUGAUAUUAUUAAAAUAACUGUAACUAACCUAUGGUUAUGUGGACUGCAAGCAUAGACUUUGCUCAGAUGAACUCAGGUGCAGUAGUGUCUUCAAACUGUUUGAUACUCUCUCACACCAAUAAUACCCGUCGCGUACAAUGUUCUAUUCCAUCGAUUCGUUCAAAGUCAAACUAUUUAUCUGUUAUUUAUUUAAUUAUUUAUAACAUAGAAACAGUUAUCCUACACCAAUCACAGUUUUCUAUUGUUUUUGAAAUUUCCAGAUUUUAUUGAAAUAGUGUCGAACACUAGAGUAUCAUAGUCUCUGUUAUGAUAUAUAGUACAUUAUAUUUAUUCCGUAAACAAAUUGAAACUGUUGGUUGUUAUGGCUUUGCAUCUUGAGAAUAUUUAUUUAUUUGUGAAUGCAAUUUAAUAUUUAUCAUAUUGAUUUAUUUUGUAGCAGUCUAUUGAUUAACAUAUUAUAAUUCUGUUGGUUGUAAUAGGUCUAGUAUUAUUAGAACCGCAAUUUGAGAAGAAGAAUUGAACUCUUAUUUUGUCGUUUUCGAAAUGGCUGAAUGAAAUCACAGGAGCCAAUUCAACAUCUGAAAUAUUGAAAGAAUGUGUUUUUUGUGAUCAUUGAGAAUUUUAUAAUUUAUCCUAAAAAGCAAAAUAAAACAUCAAAUUUGAAAGUUUUGAUAACUGACAGUUUCAAAAUGUUUGAGGCAUAUUCUUGUUUAAUUAGUAGUGUAAUGUUGUGAACGAAACAUUUCGCUUGGUAAUUAUUGUCGUUGUGAGGUCUGGACUUUCUUGGAAAAACAAUAUUGGCCCUAUUAUUGGACAAAAUAAUGCUGAUUGGACAGAUUUUGAGCCUUGCUAUUUGGUUGGAACCUCCUUAACCUCUUAACAUCGAACCUGGAAAGGUUUCCAGUUUUGGUUGACAGAAUCAAAACAGAUAUUUGGAAAAAUGAUUUAUGAACGUAAUUUUGACAGUUGAUUGAUCGAUCACAGUCAAUCUGGCGUACCUGUAGACAAAGUAAAUGAUAUAUAAGUAUAUUAUAUAUUUGUGGAGAGAAAUAUCACGUAAUUGAACCCAUCUGGAAAAGUCUGAUCUUUUCUUGUAACUGCUUUCAACGUUUAUUAUGGAGAGUGAAAAAAUAAUUUUUCAAUAUACAUAUUACAUAAAAACAAGCUAUGUAGUCUUACAUAUGCAGUCAGGGAGGUGAAUCAACUAUGUAUAUAUGGUUGCCGUAUUACAUACAUGUAACUCUACUACAUACAUAAGAAUGUUGUGUUCUUAUUUAACAACUUGUAAUGUCGAUUAUUCGUUAAUCGAUUGCAGAUUUUAUUCCCAAGCGAUUGAAUAUUGCACUUUUCCCAAAUACAUACAGCAGAAUGUAUCUUUCAAUAUAAAACUGAUGUAAUCAUCCAUCUGUUUAUUUGCAUUUGUGAUGAUUGUCGGUGUAUCUAAUGUUGAAGCUCAUCGAUAGAGUAUAUCUAUCGAUAGAAGCUGAUUUUGGCGAUUGAAUCGUGUAUCGUUGAAUACCCCUGGUGGUAUCCACGAUAUCAUGAGAGUAAUACGUGUUUUAUUUUGAAAAUGGAAAUUUAUUGAAAACUAGGAGAGAGCAUUUACACUGUCUAGAGCCUGCCGCUAAUUGAAGAAGUAUCCUUGACUUAUGAAAUUAUGUAAACUAUACAUACAUUCAGAGAUGAAAUAAUUCCGAAUAUACUCACAUGACCUUAUAAUACCCCCUUAAGUUGUUGAUGACGUCAACAACACUCGUGUAUUGAGUCCGUAAUGAAGCCAGUUUUCUGCUUUAUCUAACGAAAUACACUCAAACUUAUCAACAGAGCAUACUCGGUCAAAUAUGAAUAAUGUAUUCCGAAUACAUUAUCUGCUUGCAUCGUAUCUGUACUUUAAUACAAAUUAAUUGUCGUCGUAUAAUAUAUAAGAAAUUGAAUUGUUUAGUUUUUAGGAUUCUCAAAUAUUCCGUGUAACUGUCUAGGAAAUAGUCCGCUGAAGUCAUUGAUCGUCAUGCCUGAACAUAUUUUAGACUCAUAGUUGCUGUAUUUCUCAAUGGUGUGUAAAAUAAAAACCAAUAUUAGUCCGAUACAUUAAAUUAUUUACGCGAAUAUAUCGUUAUAUACAUGGUCGAUGGUUUUCAAUAAAAUAUGUUCGACAUAACAAAGUAAUUUGAUCCCCACUAUUCACGAUGAUAAUUUAAUUUGUAUGUUAGACACUUCCCUGAUUUUUUAUCGGAAAAUGAGAAAAACAGUAUCUUGUGAAUAUUUCUAAAAUCACCCCGCUUGUAUUCAAUAAAAUUGAUUCGAUUCAUUAGUAGUUGAUUAGACAAGAAUAGGAUCGAAAAUUAGAUUGUUUAAAAAGCCCGCUUAAAUUUAAUUUAACCGUGUCGGUGUUACAAUGCAUUAUGUUUUAAGUGUACAUUGUUUUGAAUUGUCGAUUUAAAUUUAAGUUUAUACUGAUUUAUCAGAGAUGAAUGAUAUAUAUUUAUUCGAGUUAUAUUAAUCAUGUAAAAUUAGACCAGAAAAUAUCGAUAUUGAAAAUGUUUAUAAUAUACCUGUACAUUAUUGAAGCGAAUGAUGAUGAUUCUCUUGUUGAUUGCCCCACUCAAAACGUAACUAGUAUAUUCAUAAUUAUUUAUCGAUAAAAAGCAAUAUUGUAUGAAAGAUUAGGACCGUGUGUUGAAACGUGAAUGCUGGAACAAAGAAAUUAGAUUUAUGCGAUUUUUUGGGAAUUAAUAUAACCAGUUGAAAGAAUUCUGACUAUAACAAUUUUUCAAUAAAAUAUAAUAACUUAUUUGAAGCUAUAUAAUGUGUGCUGAAAUUUUUAGUUUUAUCAAUCUCUUGAGAUAAGUAUAAAACAGUGAAUUAGCUAGAUUUUUUGAAUGUUUUCCAAUAAGAAUUGCAUGUAUCCUAUUGUAAUCCCUUACAUUUCUUUGUUAGUUGAUCUUGUUAAUAAAUUACUAUAAAUAUUAUAAAUAAUUUUGCGUUCUCGUAUUCUAUAGUAUCACAUUGAUCGCGUGUUUGUAACAAUCCUAAAAUGUCCGCGAUUCCAAUCCAAUCUAAAAUUAGGAUGUGAACAUAUUUUGAUUAGGUCGUCAAAUCGCUAUGAAUUGCAUUCAAUUAUAGUAGAGUUGUAUAUUCAGAUGAAAAACUAAUAACGAUAAACCAUGGAUGUAAAUUAGCCUAUUAGAUUUAUUAUUAUUGUUACAAUAAAUGUGUAUUAAUUAUUAUCUUCUCAAUCUUAUUAUUGGCAGUGCUCUUAACAGAGCUCGAAUAAUGUUCUGAUGGAAUUCUCUCCUUCCAAGUCUCUCGUAGCUUGGAAAUAUGGAGAUAAUUGGUGUAGUUAUAUUUUGUGGCUAGUUGGUUUUGAAGUACAACUAGUUGUAAAAUGAUGACGCGUAGUCGCCAGUCUAGACUGAAAUGUUGUCACAUCAAUCAAUCUGGUCUAUACUGAUUGAGCUGAUAAAUAUCUGGUCUGGCAGGUCCAGAUUGCAUAUAUUUAGGUGAAUAAAUAACUAAUCUAAACCUUCAAGGCAGGCUCUGUAUGGCUCUCUCCAAAACAUCUAACCUUCACAAAGUUCUCCGUUUUUAAAUGGAGAAAUUGCUUUGUGAAUUUUUUCUAUAUAGAAUCGAAACUAAAAAAAACUAUUUUCACCAGUAAUUCAUAUUGUGAAAAUCUAUUAUUUUUAUUCUUUCUUUUUGGUGUUUAAAAUAUAGUAUUCAUUUAAUUUAAAUACAUCAUAAAACUUGACAAAACCACAAAAAAAUACUGUAUACUGUAAUUCUUGUGCUUUGGAAUUUAAUUGUUUAUUAUAAUCUUCGUCAAUUGAUAGAUUUGCUUAAUUAUUUUUCCUGUAAAAGAACCUCCUUUCUUGUUCAUUUUUCGAUGUUAUUUUCUUUUAUUAUAUAAUGUAUAACAGUGAAAUGUUAUUAGUUAAAGCAUUUGUCAUUAACUUCUAAUAAAAAUAAUACUAUUUGAUAUAUAGCACGUAUUGAAAAUCAAAUAUCUUGUAACUUUGGAUUUUGUGUUGAUUCGUUUCACAUGUGAGCAAAUUUAUUGAUAUGUUGUGUGUUUGUGACAGUAAUUUACAACAAAAUACAUAUUUGUAUUGCCUUGUGUCAAGAUCAUAAAUUUUGGCAAAAACUUAUUGAAUUUUGUAACUUUUGAAGCUCAAUAAUGGAGCUAUUACUUCAAUUUAGAACGAUGGAUGCGUCAAGAAAUUAAUGAAAUUGUCACAAACUCAACAAUCAAUGCUCUGUAGUAGAUUAUUGUAGAUUUAAGCCUUAUCAAAUGCAAUUGAUUGUAAUAGAUGCAACGCGCCAGUUUAUUGAGAUGAUGAUUGAUGGAUAUAUUGCUGGAAAACAAUGAUUAUUCCAAAUUCAACCUAUCAUCUCAUUUUGUAUACUGAGUGCGUUGUAUAGUUUGAAUGUAUGUAAUAAUUUUUUCAAGUUCAUAAAUACCUUGAGACAACGAUUGUUCACCUCGUCUGAAAUAUCUAAAAGAAAAUUGGUAUUUGAAUUUUUAUUCUCUAUAUUUAAAAACCAUUUUGUUGACUACAGUAUUUGGUUUUUGGUUUUGUCUUGGAAUCAGUGUAGAUCACUGUCAUUUGUUUAAUGUACAAUCUUCGUUUUGAAUAAUAUUUAUAAUCAAUAAUUGAUUAAAUUUUAUUUUAUUGGAAUCAAUUUAUUUUAAAUUAAUUGUGUGUCUUUAGAGAACAUGAUAGUUUGAAAUUCUGAAGCUAGUUUCAAACUAAUUACUGAAUUUAAUUUUAUAAUAAGAAGUUUUUUCAAAUUCAAACAAAAAGUAUAUUUUUUAUUUUACUCGGUUCACUGAAAGUUUGUAGUCAAAUUUUGAAAUGUCAAAUUUUUAUUAUCGGACAAAGUUUUGUUAUUUAGCUUUUAUUUUGGACGAAGUCAAUUUUUUGUAAGAUUUUUUUUGAAUUAACAUUUUUUCUAAAGAAACAGAGGUCGCUUCAAUCGUUGUUCACGGUUAGAAUAUUAUUAUUGAAUAAUAUAGUUGGAUAUUGAAGUAGAACGUUUAUUUUUAGUUAGCCUCCUGAAUAUUGUAAUAGCUGUCAGACAACAUCCAUUUCCAUUUUUAUCACUUUUUGGUGAAACUUUAAGCUCUUGACAUAAAACAUAAUUUUGAUAAAUCUUGUUUCAAAUCAAUUAGAUUUAGAUAUUCGAACUGUUUUGCUUGAAUACUGUCAAGUAAUGUUAUUUUCUGCUACAAUAAUCAAAUUAUUGUGAAAGUUCUAAUUAUUUGACGCGGAUUCAUUGUCUGAUGGCUUUUUUACAUUGAUGGAUGAUAUAUUUCGAUUAAUCUGAGAUGUUUUCUGAAACCUUUAUUAGUAUCUUCUACAUAAUAAUCUAUACUAUUUGAAUGUCAAUACCAUAUUUUGCAUAAAUUCUUAGUUAAUUUAUUGGAAUAUAAAUUUGAAUGUGAAAUCUCAUCCUUUAAUAACAAAAAUCUUAAUCACUCUCCAAUACAAUUUGUAAGAGAAAUGUAUCAAUUAUUCACCGUUUAUCAUAAAUUAUAAUUCUAUUAAUACUAUUGCUAAUACUAAAGUUAUCAUCGUCAUUAUUACAAUAUUAAGUAUUGUUAACUCAAGAAAUUAUUAACAUUAAUUUUAUUUGAGCUACCUAUAGUGCAUCUUUAUGGCUACAUAAUUUAUUGGUUUUUGCUAUUUAAAUGUUAUUAAUAAUAUGAACAGUAAUUCAAAUUUUAAAAAUUGUUUUAAUAGUCGAGAAUUUAUCAAUGUGCUUUGCGUAAUACUCAUAAGAGGAAUGGGCUCCUAAAAAAAAUAGUGAAAUUUUAAAAUUAUUUCAGGAUUGUCAAUCUGUCUUUGUUUUAUCUAUAGAUUGUAAUGGGAAAUUUCAAAUAAUUACACUAUGCAUUAUAAUGGAGAUUGCCAAUAAUACUCUUGUAUGUUAUUAGAUCUGUGGCAUUGUAUUCUUGUUUGUCAAAAAUUGCUUCAAUUUAUAAAAGAAUGAACCGGUAAUAUUUUCUUUACUUUCGAACUCAAAAGAAUAAUAGUUUGAUAUUCAUAGUACCUAUAAUUUUUUCAGUUUAUAAUAUAUCUAGAAUGUAUUAUUUUGUUUGUUUUCUAAUUAAACAUAAUGGAGCAGUUUUUGGCAAAUAAUUGUUUAGUUGGAAAAUGAGUAAUUGUGAAGGCUAUGCUGAGUAAAGAAAGUUCUAGUAAAUAAU